AUGUCUUCAUCGCGUGCCGCAAGUUCCAACUCGGAAUCGAGCGUGGAAAUCAGUCGAGAGGGCAGCGAUCCGUUCAGUGUGGAGCCAGCGCGAUCGGACGCUAGCAGUGAGGUGGUGAAAGAGGCGCAGCCGGAUUCGGAUGAAAGCGAGGAUGAUGAUGAUGAUGAGCGAAUGUCACCAGCUGCAACUGCUGAAUCCGAAGAGGAGACCCGAAGUGCUGCAUCGAUUUCAAAUGAUGAGGAGGAUGAUGAUGGUGGUGAUGUUGUUGGUGAUGAUGAUGGUGAUGAGAAUGGUGACGAGAACGAGGAGUUGACACCGGAUGCGAGAAGUGACUCGAUAUUCAGUGCCGAGAAUGAGGAUGAUGCUACUCUUGCUGCUUCUGCUUCGCCGAGAAAGAAGCGUGGCAUCAAAAUCACAGAUGAAACCCGAAAGUUCUUGGAAAACGAAAAUAUAUUACGAAGAUCCGGGAGGCAACGCAGAGAAAACAGCGGUACGAAUGCAUCUGAGCAAAGACCCCUAAAAAGGCCUUUGUCUCAUUCCGAAGAAGUAAGCGAUGAAGAAGAGGAGGAAGAGGAGUUCGAAAUUACACCGAUGUUGCCAAAAACUACACAAAAAUCGUUGAAAGCGUUGCCAAAAAAGAAAGUGCGCAAACAUAGUGCAAAUUCGAACGGUGACUCGGAUGGAGCUCGGCCAGCUCGAAGGAAUAAAGCAGAAGCCCGGAAAAAUCGCAUCAAUUACAGAGACAUUAGUUCCGGAGAAGAGGUACUGCAUUCCUCAAACUUCGAAAAGCUGGGAAAUUGGAUAUAUUAG